GUCAGCCCGCCCCGCAGAGCUGCAGCCCGGGCUCUGGCGGUGACAGUACCAAACACACUCAGCCUGAGCAGCAGCGUCGAUCAGCAGCGGAUCCACGGAGCUGCUGUGGACCCGGACGGGUUUGUGGGAGAAGGAGCGUUAACUACAGAAAGAGCUACAGAUAAAGAAGAGGAAAUUUUUCAGGCUGUUUGCUGUUUUCAGAAAAGUUGUACCUGCACAGAAAAGGACACCGGAUUCAUGCACAUUUACUGUGUUAGGAAAUAUUGCUGUACGGUCUGCUUGUGAAGAACAUCUUGCUUACUGUAAGGACAGAGUGCAGGAGGAGGCUCAGAGAGGAGUGUGGUCCUGGGAUGAGAGCUCACUGCCACUUCCCUGUGUCCCCCAGACCUUCAGGCGGAGUACGCUGGGCGACACUCUGAGAGUGUGUGGUGUGUCAGACGCCGUCGGGGUGCCAUGGCUCUGGUUCAGGCAUUACCUGUGACCGUGACUGACCACCCCAGUCCAGGUCUUGACGUCCAGCAGUGUCGGCCGCUAUCAUCCCAAUCCCCCUCAGGCCCCUACCCUGGCCCCUGUGGGCCUUGCAGUUCCGGGACAGCCAUGGGUUCUGUCAGCAGCCUCAUAUCAGGCCGGACGUAUCAGGAGAGACACUGCCGGGCCGCCAGCGAAUUCACCACCAAGUCACGCCGCUCCACGCCGGCAACCAGCUGCUUCCGGCUCCAGGAUAACACCCUGCGCAGUGGGAGCUCCCUGGAGCAGCUGCUGGUUAUCAGCAACCAAACACUUCCCCAGGCCGAGGUUCUGCCUCCACCGCUGCCCACCAAGAAGCAGCCCCGGCCGGGUAACUCUGCUGGGCCAGGCAGUGGAACGGUGGCUAUAGCAGUAGGUGGUGGCACUAAUGGAAAUUUUGGGUAUGUGAGCGACGAGGUGGUGGUUGGAGACUGGAACGACAACCUGGUGCUAUCAGCUGCAAGCCCCUGCAGUGACUCGGAGGACCAAAAGGACAACAGGACUCUGAAUGGCAACAUUGGAGGGCCUCCUCCUAAACUCAUCCCAGUGUCCGGACAGUUAGAGAAGAACAUGGAGAAAGUGCUGAUCCGUCCUACAGCGUUCAAACCUGUCAUUCCCAAGAAUCGCCACUCUGUCCUGUACUUGUCACCACGGCCAGGGGGCAGCAGUCUGUCAGAGAGCCAGGCCAGCCUCAACCUCCUGCUGCCCCUCGGGGGAUCCAACAACACCAGCGGCACAAACGUCAUUGGAGGGAGCGGCGGUUCCAGCACUGAAGGAAAGCGCAACUCCUACAGCGGAGGUCGCAAUGCUCGGAGCAGCCAGUCCUGCUCCAUGUCAGAUUCAGGGAGGAACUCCCUCUCCAGCCUCCCUACUCACAGCAGCACAGGCUACAGUCUGGCCCCCAGUGAGGGCUCCAGCUCCGGAUCUGGCUCUGGGGGCCAGAUAGAGCCCGUUCCAGGCCUGGUCCGAAACACUUCAGCUGCAAGUGGGAGCCACGGCCAUACAAACUCAGACAGUGGACGUUCCUCAUCCAGCAAGAGCACAGGAUCGGGGUCGCUAAGUGGGCGCGGGCAGCCCCUGUCGGACAGCGGGUCCUGUGGCCACUCGCCGCCACCUGUGGAGGGCUACGAGGCGGUGGUGAGGGAGCUGGAGGAGAAGCUGAGGGAACGAGACCUGGAGCUCCAGCAGCUCCGGGAAAAUCUGGAUGAGAAUGAAGCUGCCAUCUGCCAGGUGUAUGAGGAAAAGCAGCGUCGCUGUGAAAAAGAGAUGGAGGAGCUGAGACAGAGCUGUGCAACAAAGAUGAAGCAGGCUUCUCAGAAGGCCCAGAGGGCACAGCAGGUGCUACAGUUACAGGUAUUUCAACUACAGCAAGAAAAAAAGAAGCUGCAGGAGGACUUCUCCUCUCUGCUGCAGGACAGAGAGACGCUGGAAAGGAGGUGUGCCACCAUCCAGAGGGAGCAGACCCAGCUGGGGCCACGUCUGGAAGAGACAAAGUGGGAGGUAUGUCAGAAGUCAGGAGAGAUCUCCCUCCUGAAGCAGCAGCUAAAGGAGAUCCAGUCAGAGCUCAGCCAGAAGGCUGGAGACAUUGUGGUGCUAAAGGCCCAGCUGAGAGAAGCACGUUCUGAACUGCAAGCUAGCCAGGCUCGAUCCCACGAGGCCGGAACGGCCCUGCGGACUCGAUCUCUGGAGCUAGAAGUCUGUGAGAAUGAACUCCAGAGGCGCAAGAGCGAAGCUGAGCUGCUCCGGGAGAAAGUGGGCCGUUUGGAAGAGGAGUCUGCCCGCCUCCGUGACACUCGGUCCAAUCACGGUGGACACUCUCUACCUGGAAAUCUAAGCAUGAAGGGGCAGUGCAUGAGCCUCUCACUCCAACAGGGUAGAGGUAUGGCAGGGAGGAGGGGUCCCAGUCCGUCUUUGUAUCGGGAUGCAGAGGAGACUCAUGUGGCCUGGGGAGGGGACAGUGAUGAAGCCAAGGCUCAGAGGCAGAAUGCAGAAGCAGUGUUGGGAUUCAGACAGCAGGUGGACAGGCUGAAGGCUGAACUCAUGUAUGAGAGGAGGACUGGUGAGGAGCAACUGUCACGGUUUGAGGAUGAGAGGAGGGUGUGGCAGGAGGAGAAGGAAAAGGUAAUCCGCUACCAGAAACAGCUGCAGCAGAACUACAUCCAGAUGUACCGUCGAAACCGGGACCUCGAACGAGUGAUGAGGGAGCUGAGUCUGGAGCUGGAGAACAGGGACAUGGAGGACUAUGAGGUUCACAAUGGCAGCAACGACAUCCACUUUGAGGAAAUCACCGCCACUGAAAUCUAAAAACACACACACACAUACACACACACACACACUUACAGUAAUAUGUGCACAGAAACAUGGAAACACAACUCACAAAAGACUCCGAGGAUGUAAACCAAACAUUGAACUCCAGGCCAAAUAAUGCACUAUUUUCAACAUGGCUUUCCCUGGACUACUGAGCGAGCACUCACCACUCGUCACACUUAAAAGGGAGAUCUCCCAAAUGUGCAUUUUUACUUCCCGCUAACAGACAAGUACUCCAAUAAAUCCCUAUAAAGUGUCCCUUCCGGCCCUUUUAACAGGUUCUAUUCCACUACAAAGCCAGCACAAAGACUUAUUUCCUUCUGUGGGAACAAAAAGUGAAGAAAGUGUUUCUUCCUCAAACCACGUUCAUAUCAGGGUAUCGAUAAUCGUCGGGAACAUAAAGCAACAUUCUUUACUACAGGCACAUCAGUCUGGUCAAAGUGCAGUCACACCUUUCUCAGUAGCACACAAGGUUAAACACCCAGCCACCAGCAUGCAGGUAAUGAUGCAUCAUGACAACAGUCCCAUCAACACCGCCACUACUGGCUAUUACUGAUGAUCUCAUCACCCCAACAGCUGCACUAGUCCUCCAAGUAAAUGCUGAA